AUGGGUUACGGUAACCCCAAAACUCUUUCGGAUACCUCCAUGAAGAACUGCAAGGGCGACAUUCGCGAAUUCAAGCCCACUAUCCUUGUCGGUGUUCCAGCAGUCUGGGAGUCGGUGAAGAAGGGUGUUCUCAACAACUUGAACAAAAACAGCGCUCUCGUCAAGAGUCUGUUCUGGGGCGCCAUGUCGAUGAAGAACUUUUUGAUGUCUACAGGCUUACCAGGUGCUUGGUUCCUCGACAACGUUAUCUUCAAGAAGCUUAAGGAGGCUACGGGUGGCCGCCUGCGGAUCAUGAUGAACGGAGGUGGUCCUGUUUCCAGGGAUACCCAGAAGUUCCUGUCCAUGGCUAUUGCUCCCAUGGUUGGCGGCUACGGAUUGACUGAGACAGCCGCCAUGGGCGCUCUAAACGACCCAGGGGCCUGGAACCCCAACGUUCUGGGUGAGCCCCCAGCCUGCAUUGAAGUCAAGCUUGUCGACUUUGCAGACGCCGGCUAUUUCACCAAGAACACCCCGCCGCAGGGAGAGGUCUGGAUCCGCGGAGGCAGUGUGACAACCCACUACUUUAAGAACGAAGAGGAGACCAAAAACGCGUACACUGCCGACGGAUGGUUCAUGACUGGCGAUAUUGGCGAGUUUGACAAGAACGGCCACCUCCGCGUCAUCGACCGCAAGAAGAACCUUGUCAAGACCCUCAACGGCGAGUACAUUGCCCUCGAGAAGCUCGAGUCUGUGUACCGCUCUUCACCCGUCGUCGGUAACAUUUGCGUCUACGCUGCUGAAGACCAGGACAAGCCGGUUGCCAUUAUCGUCCCCGUGGAAAUUGCGCUCAAGAAGCUCGCCAGUGAAAACGGCAUCGAGGGCGACUCGGUCGAGACCCUCGUCCACAACGAGAAGCUCAAGUCUAUUGUCCUCAAGCAGCUCCAGACUCUUGGCCGAAACAGCGGCCUCAGGGGCAUUGAGAUCAUCAACGGAGUUGUCCUGUCAGAAGAAGAGUGGACUCCUCAAAAUGGCUUCACAACCGCCGCCCAAAAGCUGCAACGCAAGAAGAUCGUCGCCAAGUUCCAGAAAGACAUCGACCGCGCCUACGGAAAGAACUAA